CUUAGCGCCCUCUUCGCCCUCCCCACUGACAUCAUGCUCCAGUUCCUGCUUGGAUUUACAUUGGGCAACGUGGUUGGAAUAUAUCUGGCUCAGAACUAUGACAUACCAAACCUGGCUAAAAAACUUGAAGAAAUUAAAAAGGACUUGGAUGCCAAGAAGAAACUCCCUAGUUCAUGAGGCUGCCUCCAGCACU